AUGGCACCCCCAGUAUCCCUCCCCACCAAGCCCCUCGGCAAGACGGGACGACAGAUACCCGCCCUCGGCUUCGGGAUGAUGGGCCUGAGCACUGCCUACGGACCGGUCGGUACUGACGAAGAGCGUCUGGCGCUUCUGGACUGCGCCUGGGAGCUCGGCUACACGAACUGGGACACGGCCAGCAGCUACGGCGACAGCGAGGUCCUGAUCGGAAAGUGGUUCAAGCUGCACCCCGAGCGCCGCGCCGACAUCUUCCUGGCCACCAAGUUCGGCAUCAAAUUCGCCGUCAACGACAAGGGCGAGUGGGACAUCCGCGCCGACAACAGCCCCGAAUUCUUCAGCGAGUGUCUUGAAGGCAGUCUGCGGAAGAUGGGGAUCGAUUACAUUGACCUCCUCUAUGUCCACCGUCUCGACCCUCAGGUACCUGUCGAGAAGACGAUGGAGCUACUGGUCAAGGCGAAGAAGGAUGGCAAAAUCAAAGCCAUCGGCAUCUGCGAAUGCGCCUCCAGCAGCAUCCGCCGUGCCUACACCGUGGCGCCCGUCGACGCCGUGCAGGUCGAGUACAACCCGUUCCAGCUGGACAUUGAGAACGAGACGGGCACGAACCUGCUCGCCACCUGCCGCGAGCUGGGUAUCACCAUCUUCGCAUACGCGCCACUAGGCCGCGGGUUCCUGACGGGCCAGCUCAAGACGACCGACGACUUUGCCCCCGACGACUUCCGCCGCGUCGUGCCGCGCUUCAACCCGGACAACUUUGCCAAGAACCUGGUCCUGGUCGACCGCUUCAAGGCCUUCGCCGACAAGAAGGGCUGCACCCCGGGCCAGCUGGCGCUCGCGUGGCUGUCGGCGCAGGGGGAGGAUAUUAUUCCCAUCCCUGGUACCAAGAAGGUCAAGUACUUGGAGGAGAAUGUUGGGUCCGUUAAGGUACAGCUGUCCAAGGAGGAGGUUCAGGAGAUUAGGGCUGAGGUCGAGAAAGCUGCGGGUGAGGUCGUGGGGCACCGCAACCCGCCCGGCAUGUUCACUGAGUAUUCGGUGACUGUCGAGCUUUGA